GUUUUGUGUGUGAAGCUGUGUGGGGCUCUGGAACAUCGCCAGACACAGCACGCCAGCACAGCGGCGUCCUCAGGUGAAAUAACAGUUAACUAUAAACACGGCCUUCCUUUAAUAACGCUUACUUUGCCAUCCAGAGAAGAGCGCUGUCAGUUUGCGAUCCGACGUCUACGGACGACCGUGGGCUCUUUCCUGCAGGACCUGCGGGGCGAAGACGGGGGUGUCAGGACCGCGGCCGUCCUCACCACAGAUGGCAGCGAGAUCCCAGCAUCAACCCUCAUGGAUAGUCUGUUAAUGAGAGACUUUAAGCUUAUUAUUAAUGAGAAAGUGUAUGAUGUACAGUGCCCCAAGAAAGAGGAGCAGGACCAUGAGCAUGCCGCAGAGAUGGAGCACGUGAAGGCCGUGGUGCACAGGCUGUCGGCGGUCCUGCACGCACAGGAGUUCCAGAAGAGGAGAGAACACCAGUUACUGGAGACGAUUGACCACCUGAGGGGUCAGCUGCAGCCCCUCGAACAGGUGAAGGCGAGGAUCGAAGCUCGCUCGGAAGCCCAGACCGGCAGGCUGCUGUGGGCUGGGCUGGCCCUGCUGUCCGUGCAGGGUGGUGCCAUGGCCUGGCUCACGUGGUGGGUGUACUCCUGGGACGUCAUGGAGCCCGUCACGUACUUCGCCACCUUCGCGAACUCCAUGGUCUUCUUUGCAUACUUCCUGGUCACUCGGCAGGACUACACUUACUCGGAGGCCAGGCGCCGGCAGAGCCUUCAGUCCUUCCACAGGAAAUCGGAGCAGCAGCGUUUCGAGCAGAAGCGUCCCUGACACGAGUGCGCCAUUCCCUCUGCUCACGAGCUCGGGGAGAGGCUCAGUGAAGGUCCCUGGUUUGUAAAGGCCUUUGGUCCCCAUCCUGUGGACUUGGCAACUCACACACGGGAUAGUUUCUAGUCCCAUCCUUUAACCUGUUUUGUUAAUAAAUUCCUGCAAACAGAA